CAUUUUGAACGAGGGUAUCUUCUUCAGGGACGGAACUCGUUGAGAAAGAGAGAGAGAGAGAGAGAGAGAGAGAGAGAGACGGUGAUCGGGAAAUGACGACGAAAGAGGCGGGUGCGGCGUACCCUAGCGCGGCUCGGAUAUCUGAUUCUCCAUGUUAUCUUCAGUACUCUGCUUCUCUCAAAUGUCUUGAAGAAUUUGGAUCCGACAAAAGUAAAUGCCAGGAUCAUUUUGAUGUGUAUAAAGAAUGCAAGAAGAAAGAGGUUGUUGUAAAUUCACAUUAUGCCGCCUUAUUCUGUUUCCGAAUGAAUUCUCUGCUUACCUCUAUGUUUUGUUUCUCAGAGGGAAGCUCGAUUGGAACGCAAUAAGACACGUUCGUUGUUCUCUUGAAUGUUGAUCCUGAUGGAAAUAAAUGCCAAUGAUAUCUUCGAACAUCAUCAAUUCAUCAUCUAGUCGUAGUAUCCUGUUAUUUCAUUUUGCAAUUAUACCUCUGUCUGAGAAGUGGUGGUUUGUAAAUUGUAUGGUCUAAAUAAAUCAGUCUCACAUUGGUGGUGAUGGAAAGUGUUUGUUAAUAUAUUAAUGUUCUUUUACUCCCCAUGGGUGAUGGUCAUGGA